AGAUAAAGGUGUAAGGACUUAACAGCCAGUAGGAGGGCAGUAAAAUGCAUGUCAUAAAUAGGUGUCCACGUAGUGAUUGGGUGGUUGGCUGGCUGUGGUUGCUAAGUAGGCUAUGGCCCAGUUUGGGAUCACAAUAUGACAGCAUAUAAGGGUUCGCUCAAGUGUCAGCCAGCAAUCAGAGCUCAAGAAGGGUGUCAAAGAGGUUAUUGGAUAGAGUACCCUACGUUAAAUCGGAGCAGCUUUUCUGACACAGCCAUACAACGUCAGUACACUAAAGUCAACCAUAGGUAACAGUCGUCUUUACUUACGAAGACAUUGGACAGUGAUUAAAAAAAAAAACACCAACUGAUUUAGCUCUAAUGGAACUUAAUCAACUUUGAUUUUGUACAUAAACAAAGUACAUCUAGACAAUUAGUUGGAUAAAGUACUAUUACUUCACAGAAUCUGCCAAAAUCAUGAUGAUUAUUGCCGCAUCUGUUUGCGGUUCAGCACUCUGUGCUAUGUACUACCUGAAGGAACAGUACGACUACAACAUCCGGAGGUUACCACCAGGACCAUCCUCCUUCCCGAUCAUUGGGAAUGCUCUCAGUAUUAGCAUGAAAAAUCCGCACUUAAGUAUGAUAGCUCUGGCGAAGAGAUACGGAGACAUUUUCAGUUUCAAACUGGGAUCGAAACGAGUUGUAGUUCUGAACAGUGCUGAUGUAAUUAAGGAAGCGUACAGUGGGAUUGAAAUCUGUAAUCGACCGCAGAUUUACUCCCUAGAGUUUCUUGUCAACGGCAAAGGAUUUAUGACGUGUACAGACCAUAAACAAUGGAAACUUCAUAUGAUGCUAUGCAAGAACGCUAUGAGAGUGAUUAACAACACAAGCCUUGGAAACAAAAUCACAACAGAGACAAUGUCAUUGGUAAAACAAUUUGCAAGUCACAACUCAAAGCCUUUCAAUCCAAAAGAGGACUUACAUUUAGCUUCCUUGAACAUUCUAUGCAAUCUGGUGUUUGGAGAGCGGUACGAGCGCGGCGAUGAAGAACUAACAGAAAUUUUGGACUAUUCAGCGGAGAUAAUGAAAGUUAUCUCGCCUAUACAUCCGGUAAAUGCACUGCCGUGGCUCCGACACUUUCCCAACAAAUGGUUUGAUGCGCUCUUCAAAGCCAAGGACAAGCGUGAUAAAAUCCUUAUGAAGAAAUACAUCCAGCAUUUUGCAACAUUUGACGAGGACAACAUCCGUGAUAUGUUGGAUGCACUCCUGAUGGCAACAAAGGAAGCAACACGGAAUGAAGAUAAUGACUCGCUUAAUCUCUUGACACCGGAACAUGUCAUCAUCAACAUGUGGCUUAUCUUCUUCGCAGGAACAGACACAACUGCUAACACUCUGUUAUGGGCAUUAUUGUACAUGGCAGCAUUUCCUAAGAAACAAGCUUUGAUUCAUGAUGAACUAGAUAGAAUUGUUGGACCAAAUGGACAACUCAACUUGGAGCAUAGACAAGAUAUGCCAUAUUUGGAGGCAACAAUAUUGGAAUGCUUUCGAGCAACCAUCGAGUUCGGCAUUCCACAUGCAGCUUCACAGAACACAAUUCUCAGGGGUUAUUACAUACCCAAAGGUACGCAAGUGAUGGCGAACAUAUGGGCUGUUCACCACGAUGAAGAGGCCUGGGAUAGGCCGCAUGAAUUUCUUCCAGAAAGAUUCUUGAACAGCGAGGGCAAGAUGAAGAAGCCAUCUGAAUUCCCACACUUCAUGCCAUUUUCAACUGGCAGACGUAUCUGCAUCGGAAAGAACAUCGCGAAGUGUGAGCUCUUUCUCCUGAUUGGAAAUUUACUACAAGCGUAUACGUUCCGGAUGCCAGACAACGUCGAGCCGGACUUGGAGGGAGAGGUUACAUUCUCGUUAGUCCCAAAACCGUACGAUAUCGUGGCAGAACCACGAAGCAAACCAGAGCAUUAGGGAGAUAUUAGAACUUAAUAAACUAUGGUGUGUUUAUGGGACUUCUGAAACAUACAUCAAGGAACUUAAUAACUUCUUUAUACAUAGUAAAUAAGAUUUGUAAGUACAGUACAGUAUGUUACCAGAUAUUCAUCACCAUAGCAACAUCAUCAAAGAAAUCAAUAAAUAUUGAUAUUUUUAUAAAGCCUAUAUAUUAAAACAUGUUAAUAAACAAAUUAUAGUAUAAAUAAUUAUCAAAAAUCAGAUUUUUACAGUAAUUUAAUUAAAUUAACAGAGAUUUGAAAGACACAAUGCUUCCCCUACCUUGAUUCAAGCACCUUGUUAGUUAGGUCAAAGGUCAUCAAUGUAAUGAUGGAAGGCCAAGCCUAAUAUCAUGUUACAUUGCGUUUGUACAUAUUACUAAUUAUUAUACAAGAUUUGUAUUAAAAAUAAACAUUUCCCUAAUCACACUUUAAUAUUCAGUCUAUGAUACAUGCAUAAAAUAAGAUUCUUGUUUCAUGCAUGCAGGUUAUUUUUUGUAGAAAGCUGAUGCAGAAGACACUGUUGUUAUAUGACAUGUAUCAAAAAAUGCGUCAAACUAUGUCAUAAUAUCUAACUAGUACAUACACAUCCAUUCAUCCGUAUCUAUGCCAGUUCGAACGAAGGCAAGGCUAUUAAUUAUAAUAAUAAUGGUAGACUUAUAUAGCAAACCAUUCUAAGGCAUUUAUAUAACAUUAUUAUUACCCUGUUAAUUGGAUUCAAAAAAUAUACCUAUGAAACACAUACUCAGCUCCCUGGGGUGUGUCCCAUAAAGUUUCAGCAGCUAAUCAGCGCAGCAAAAGUUCAAAACCCUGACUUUGAGGUCAUAAUCCUGAACCUCAACCAUUGCACCAACUGCCCCCACCGGCCCAACUAUUAAUUCCAGGCCUAGGAAAUAGUGCCUUCAUACAAGCAUGGUUCCUCUACAGUGCUAAUGGCUCUAUAAAACAGUUUGUUAAAUGAUUCUUUUAAUAAUAACAAAUCAUCUUUCAUUUUAUAUUAUUUUUAAUGACAAAUAUUGUUGUCAUACCAAAUUCAGAGGUGUUUUAACUUUGUUUAAAAUAUGUCCAUAAUGUGACAUACAUUUCCCAGGUAUGCAUGGUCUCAAUAAUUCAAUAAUUGUAUGAUAACUACACAUUUACAAACAAAAUAGUUAUUCUGUAUUUUAGGAAUCACUUCUUUAAAAAGAGAAAGUUUUGAUCUAACAAAUAACAAAAAAAAAACAAAAAAAAAAACACUGAUGCAGGGCAAAAGACAAGCAUUUGAAAAAUACAAUUAUUCUUUUUAUUUGGCCUUCAAUAAUUCAUUUAUCACAAGAGCAAUUACAGCACAAAACUGAAUGAGGUCUUGUUUUACGUACCAAUAAUUUUAAUGGUCAUCAGAGAAUAUUUAUUGAAUAACAAAAAAAACAAUCAAAUAAUACAUAUAUCACAGUAAUAGAGACCAAUACUAUACCAUAAGCAUUAUGAUAAUGUAUAGUAGCACACAAAACAAAUUAUACAGCAUACAAAAUAUAAUCAUUCAACUUGUUAGUUUCUCAUUAUUAACAAAACAAAAGUAUGCAAAACAUGUAUAGAUCAUGCGCACAUUUCCUGCCCUCCUAAAGGCAUCGAUUCCUGAAAGUGAACUAACAUUUCAAUUGCCUUGAAUGAACAGUAUAUUCAUAGUGUUAAACAAACAUGCAUUGAAAAUGUAUCUUCUGACAGACGGUUAAUAUGGUAGUAAUUUUUUUUUAAAUACGCCACAUGGGGAGGGGGGAGGUGGGCAUUUAGAAGCAUGCAUGUAAAUUUAAGGUACUGUAUACUAGCAUGAAAUUCUACUGAAUUCAUCUUUACGAUAAACAAUUUCUAAUUGAUUUUGACUUUAGCUAGGGAGUCAGAAAAGAUUUUUAAUUAAGUUAAGGAGCUUAAACUUCAGAACAUUCCAAUUUCUAUUACUUUAAAGUAGAGUUUAGUAUAAAUAUUUUGCAAGUAUUAAGCAAGAGAAAAUAUAACUUUAAAAAGAUGAUUAGACGUACACUGGAAAAAUUUGGAAAAUGAAUGACCAAAGUAUGAAUGUAAAAUCUUUAUUCAUAUUUAUUUCUACUGUACCUAUUACAAUUAACAAAAUAAAACAGGCCAAAACACUGGUGAUGCUUUUUUUAAUAAAUAUGAGUGACUGUAUAAUGUUAGAGCCACCGAUUACAGGUGCAUUUUUCAGCUGUGAAACUGACAUUUUCUUAAAACUUUACAACAAAUCCAUCCAUUGUGGAUACAAUUAUCCUCUUCAAAAAUGAUAGAUAAAAUGUAUCAUGAAAGAAUGAAUGCUAAGUAAAUUGUGGGUUUAAUAGCACCAACAAAAUUUGACCUGUUUUGUAUAUUUGAAUUAUAGGAUUACCAGAUAAUUUUCACAGUGAGGAAAAUUAAGAUGGUGGUAAGGCCGAGGGAAAAAAUCUUGCUUAAAGUAAUUUCUUUUUUAAUUACUUGAGUAAAAAUGGGUUUUCUUUUUUCUUAAAAGGUUUAAUUAAGAAUGUAUUUAUCAAUCUAAAGAAUAUAAACCUACAAUAACACAUUUAUUGUAAAAUUUCUUAUUUAUCUAUUUGGAAAAUAUCUUUAUUAUGAUUAACUGUAAAAUGACUAUUAUUUUUAUAAAGUAUUAUUAUUGUAAAUAAAUUAUAAAAGGUGAUAUUUAGUAGGAAAUGUAAACACAUAUCAAGCUUCAUUCCCAUAUAAUACUAUACAACUGAAGUUAUUGUUUUAGUAGGUCUGUGCAUGCACUCAUUCAUGUUGUUAGAUGUACCUUAUUUAAGCUCUGUCCAAACUAGAAUGCCAAACGGGCAAGUUAUAGAUACGCUGUCGCAUAUUUCAUAGUGUGGACGAAGUUUUAAAUGGCUGUCUUUAUUUCUGAUGCCAGACUAAAUAUCACCAAAAUACUAGAGUGCUUUCUAAAUAUGGAUUUGUAUCAGAGUACCCACUAAAUUGUUUGUACGCUUCCACAAGAGCGCCGAGAAGUCAGUACCAGCAAGAGUAGCAUCAUUAGUACAUACAGACAAUUUUCAAUGCAAUUUUAUUUUUCAUGAGGAAAGUCAAGAAAUCUUGUUUGCUGAAAUGUCAAAUUUUAAAGUCAAGUUCCAAUUUUAAGUACAGUAUUUAAAUUCUGAUGAAUUGGGCUUUUGGAAUACAGUUGAACUUGCCUAAGUCAAAUCCACAAUGACAUUGAAAAAUUGUUUCGACUUGCAUAAAAUUUGACAUACAGAUGGUUAAUAAAUGGAAAACACAACAAUUAGCCAUGUAAAAUAAGAUUGACUUAGAACUUAUUCGAGUUAGGCAAAGUUGACUUAAACAACUUUACCUGUACUCAUAUUCUACAGAGUGUGGGUGAUCAAAUACUUUUGAGUUCGCACUCUAGUCUUGUGCCUACAAGUAAUUUAGUUGUUUAAAAGUAAUUCCAUGCAAAAAACAAGAAAAUGUAUUGGUCCAAAACGGUGAAUUUGACUAGGUUUGACUAUUCCCGACUAGGCCAGAUGAAGAGGGUCAAGUAUUAUAUAUCUGUAUAGUAUACCCGAAGUCUCAAGUUCUUCAAAUUCUAAUUUGGGCAAAUAUUACUUAUAAUACAUCUUUAAUGAUGGAAAUUUGUAUUAAAAAAUAGGAUUCUGAUAUCACUUUUCAAAAAUGUGUAAUGGAAUUCUUGACCACAAUAGGAAAGAAUGGUUUUUACCAUAUAAGCACAUUGUAACAGUGGAAAUGAUCCUAAAAAGAUGAUAUUGUAUUGACAUCAAUGAUUUUUUUGAGUUACUAUAUCACUGGGUUUUUUAAGAUUAGCAGCCUAAUGUCCACAGCUGGUUUGAGCCAAUAUUAUAAAAAGACUUUAUCAAUAACCAAUGUGACUAUAUAAAGUGUAUCAUUAUUACUGGUAUUAUUAAUAUUGGUUAAUUUUUUUAAAAACAGCAAUCUUUGAAGUGAUAGCAGCUUAUAAUCAAUCAAUUAAUUGGCAUUUUUCGUAUUUCUAUUUCAAAUAGUUUAUAUUUGCUGAUAAGAAAUAAAUAGUGCCUUGUAUGUGUGUGACAAUUAUAUAUAAACAAGUAUACAGUAUUUGGUUUUAAUGAAUUUGUAAUUAAGUAGACAUAUGGGAUAAUUUUUUUCAAUUAAAACAUGAUCAGAUGUAAGAUGAUGCUUUAUUAAUACAUGAGACCGCCCUAGUAAAAUACAGUAAAUAUUUUGUAAAAAUAUUUUCAUUUUUUUUUACCAGGAAUUAUUUAGGAUUCAUUGUAAGAUUAAUACAAAAUUAAUACAAGACAUGCAUGAAUUGAGUUAAAAUUGUUUAACUUUUCUUUCUACUGAUAUACCUAUGAACAAAGUGUACAAGGAGAUAAUAAAGGGGAAACUAAUAAAAUAAACGUUACCUUCGGUU